GGAUUUAAGAGUGAGAGUAAUAUCCGACCGACUAAAAUACCAUCAUCAUCAUCACCAGUAUUUUUACUACUAAGGUUCAAAGGUUAUAGAUAAUAAUUUACUCAUAACAUGUGGUGUGAAGUACGCUCUAAGUAUUUAAAACUAAAUAGGUAUAUCGUAUUAUGUGUAAAAACGGGAUGCUGGAAUUAGGCAAUAUAUUUUAAAGUGCAAGAGAUAUACAUAUGGCUACUUUUAUCACCCUAUUGUUAUUAAUAGGGGGGUAUUUUAUUCCGUGUAUUUUAAGUGUCACUGUGAAAAUGGGGGUCAUUUUGCCUGUGUCGGGUCCUUAUUACUGGAUCUUACCUAAAACGAAACCUGCUAUAGAAUACGCUGUAGACACUAUAAGAAAUGAUCCGAAAUUUCUCGCCGGCCACGAUAUUGUUAUGGAAUACAAAGACUCUCAUUGUUCGGAAACUAUAGGUCCCCUGGCCGCCAUAGAUAUGAAGGAUAAAGUGCAUGUUUUUAUUGGGCCUGCAUGUGAUUAUGCCGUGGCCCCCAUUGCUAGAUUUUCUUACGCUUGGGAAAUCCCCAUUAUCAGUGCCGGGGCUUUAGUUAGUGCGUUUGAGAAUAAGAGAGAGUACAAACUCUUGACGCGGGUUAUGGGGCCUUAUGCCGAAGCCGGGAAGUUUUUUUAUAAUUUGUGUAGAACGUUUGCCUGGAAUAAAGUUGGUCUCCUGUAUCACAAUAAACCCGUGGGAGGUAAUCAAGGCAAAUCCAAUUGUUAUUUCGCCAUGGAAGCAAUUUAUAUCCGUUGGAAGAAAGCGUUUGAUGUUGAACCCUGGAAUCGAGAUUUUGAUGAAAGCGUUAAAAAUAUUGACUUUGGAAAAUUUUUGGAAGAAGCCAGUAAAAACGUCCGAGUGGUUGUAUUGUGUGCCUCGCCAGAUUCUGUGAGAGAGAUAAUGAUCAAGGCUCAUGAACUAGACUUUGACAACGGAGAAUAUGUCUUCUUUAACAUCGAUCUUUUCAGCAGCAAAAAUGCAAGUGAACGACCAUGGUAUAGACCGAAUGAAACAGAUGAACGAAAUGAGAAGGCUCGGCUAGCAUACCAGUCUCUUAUGACGGUCACUUUGAGGAAACCCAACAGUCCAGAAUACAGAAUGUUUUCCAAAGAGGUGAAGAAACGUGCUAAAGCCCUGUAUGAUAACUUUACCUAUGGAGAAGAAGAGGUGAACAGUUUUGUUGGGGCGUUCCACGAUGCCGUUAUUCUUUAUGCCUUGGCUUUAAAUGAGACUCUAGAGGCCAAUAUCCCGAUCUCAAAUGGCUCACAUAUAACUCAACGAAUGUGGAACAGGACAUUUGAAGGUAUAACAGGAACAGUGAGUAUUGAUGCUAAUGGUGAUAGAAAUGCUGAUUACUCGUUACUAGACAUGAACCCUGAGAAUGACAAAUUUGAGGUGGUUGCUAAUUACUAUGGCAACAAGAAACGCUAUGAACCUGUACAGGGCAAGAAGAUUCAUUGGGCAGGUGGUCGAGAUUCACCUCCUCCAGACACGCCCACAUGUGGUUUUGAUGGCUCCAAAUGUCCACCUGAAGAACCAUUUCCAGAAUAUGGUAUUGUUAUAAUUGUUCUUGGUUCAAUAAUAUUAUUAGUAUUGAUAGCUACAGUUUUUAUAUAUAGACAUAUAAAACUUGAAGCAGAGCUAGCCGAAAUGAACUGGAGAGUUAGAUGGGAAGACAUUAUUUUUGGAUCACCUGAAAAGAAUCAUAAGUUGGAGCGUCAGGGAAGUCGGAUGAGUCUUAAUAGGCGUAAUUCUUAUAUGAGUGAUUGUUCUGGUGAUACCAUAGCCUGUCAUUUAGGAGAUGUUGGUAAUCGACAACUUUUUACAAAAACUGGCUAUUAUAAGUGUGCAAUUGUAGCCAUUAAAAAAAUUGAACGAAGUGCUAUUGCUAUACAUAAAACAUUGUUACUGGAAAUAAAACGGAUAAAAGACUUACAGAACGACCAUGUAGUGAGAUUUCUUGGCGCUUGUAUAGAUCCACCUAAUCUAUGUGUAUUAACGGAAUAUUGUCCCAAGGGUUCUUUACAGGAUGUUUUAGAAAAUGAUCAGAUAAAGUUAGAUUGGAUGUUUAGAUAUUCUAUCAUGCAAGAUAUAGUUCGAGGUAUGGCUUAUUUAUGCGGAACUGAAAUUCGUAGUCAUGGUAACUUAAAGAGUACUAAUUGUGUCGUAGAUAGUAGAUUUGUAGUAAAAAUAACAGAUUUUGGUUUACAUCACUUCCGAACACCAGCAGAAGACCCUGCAGAAGAUACUUAUGCUUAUUAUCAUCGACGAUUAUGGACCGCACCAGAAUUACUUAGAAUGCAUCAUCGACCGCCAGAGGGAACACACAAAGGGGAUGUUUAUAGUUUUGGUAUUAUAUGUCAAGAAAUAGUGUAUAGAAUGGGUGUAUUCUAUUUAGCGAACUUAGAUCUUAGUCCCGAAGAAAUAAAUGAGAAAGUCCGUAAUGGUAUGAAACCAUAUUUUAGACCAACAUUAGAAGAUUUUGACUGCCCGUGUGAUGAAUUAGCAGGAGUUAUUAGAAAAUGUUGGGCAGAAGAUGCUUUAGAGAGACCAGACUUCCAUGCUUUAAAAUCCAUUAUCAGAAAAUUGAAUAAAGAUGGUGAUAAAGGGAAUAUAUUGGACAAUUUAUUGUCCCGAAUGGAACAAUAUGCUAACAAUUUAGAGGCAUUAGUGGCCGAGAGAACCUCUGAUUAUUUAGAAGAAAAAAGGAAGGCUGAAGAUCUUUUAUAUUCUAUGUUACCCAAGGUUGUUGCAGGUCAGUUAAUACGAGGAGAAUCUGUUCAAGCUGAAACAUUUGAUAGUGUUACUAUAUAUUUCUCUGAUAUUUGUGGUUUUACAGCUUUAUCAGCUGCUAGUACACCCAUGCAGGUGAUUGACCUAUUAAAUGAUCUCUAUACAACAUUUGAUUCCAUUAUUGAACAUUUUGAUGUCUAUAAGGUUGAAACAAUUGGUGAUGCAUAUAUGGUAGUUUCUGGACUCCCGGUGAGAAAUGGUAACCUUCACGUGCGUGAGAUUUCACGUAUGUCAUUAGCACUGCUAAAUGCUGUUUUGUCUUUCAAAAUUCGUCAUCGACCAAACGAACAACUGAAAUUACGAAUAGGAUUACAUACAGGUUAUGUAGUAGCGGGUGUUGUAGGGUUAAAGAUGCCAAGAUAUUGUUUAUUUGGAGAUACUGUUAAUACAUCAUCUAGGAUGGAAUCUAAUGGUCUUCCAUUAAGAAUUCAUGUUAGUCCCCAGAGUAAAGAAGUAUUAGAUACCUUUGGUACAUUUGAUUUAGAAUUACGAGGAGAAGUUGAAAUGAAGGGAAAAGGUAAAGUGACAACAUAUUGGUUAAAUGGUGAACGUGAAGCUUCCAUACCUGGAGUUAAAUUAUAUAAUAAUUCCACCGCACCUCGUAUAUUAUGACCAUUGUGAUGCAUUAAUCAACAGUGAUUAUUUAUGAAACUGUUUUACAUAUCCAAAACAAAACUAAAAGUGCUGCUGUUGGGGCAGAUUAUAUUGCACCAGGUAUAAGUCGCUGAACCUACUACAUGAAAUAAUUGGUGAAGAGAGGCAGAAACUGCUUUGUGAUCUGGUGAAUAUUAAUUAGGCUGAAGGAAUUCAGGGUGAAAUAUUCAGUGAUUAAAAGUAAUGCGAGACAUAAUUAUUUUUCAUGAAAUAUAGAAUGAGUUACUCAUACGAAACUAUGGGUAAAGUUAUCAGUAUGGUUAGACUGUCUAUGUGUUCAGAUUGUGAAUUACUAGUAUUAUGACUUGACUGAUAUUGACAGUCGUAAACAUAACCAUUUCUAAACCCUGAGCAGAAUAUAUAGAAAUGCUCAUAGAAAAAAAAGGUGGGAAAACUGUGAAUAAAAUGAAGACCGACUCAUGUGCUGCCUGGCAGUUUACACCAUUAAAUAAAUACCAGUGUUUAAUAUACAGAAUUCUUAAGGCCUUGAUUAAGCUUAAGGUCUUGGUUUUGCCUUUUGUUUUGUUAUUAGUUUAUGUAUAUAUUAUAAAUGAUGUUGAUGUUAUUUAUUUAUUAGAGUUUUAUUGACUACCUUGUUAUUGAAUACCAAGAGACUGGUCAUUCAUGCUGUUGACACUAUUUAUUAUGGUUUCAUUCAUAAAUCUACAUCUUCCCUUUAAGUAUGUUCUGGGAUGUUAACCAUUUCUUUGAUCUAAAUUGAUCUUAGAAGUUUUGGAUCAAGUGUUCACUCCUUACCAACAACCACCCAUACAAAACCAGAAAUAGAGAUUUUUAAAUCUAUAAAAUAGAAUUAAAAUUCUAUUUUAAUAAAGCAAAUAUCAAACUUAUAUACAUAAAACUUUAUACUUAAGUUUUAAGUCUGUUAAAUCUAUGUCUAAAUAGUAUUUUUAAUUUUUAUGGUAGUCAUUACAGAUUUUUUAUCAAUUCAAAUUUAUCAUUAUCAUCACUGAUCUAUUAUUUAUAAAUUUUUACGAAGCAUUAUUCCAAAAUUGCUCAAGGUUUUAUUUAUGCUGUAUUUAAUUAUCAUUAUUUUUGUGAGUUCAUUAUUAACCAGGGUUCCUGCGGUCCUUGAAAAUCCUUGAAUAUCCUUAAAUUUAAAAUUUCAUUUUCAAGGUCUUGAAUAUCCUUGAAUUUCGCGGAAAUAGGAAAAUAUCCUUGAAUUUCAGUUGAGAUCCUUAAUUUUGUUUAAAAUGUCUUCAAUUCCUUUUAAAUAUGAGAUUAUAACGAUAGUUGGUAAUGUUUUGGUUAUCUUUAAGAUGAAAAAUUGUAACUUUAGGCUAAAAAAUGUGCUUGAAAAUCCUUGAAUUUGACGUAUAUUUAUCCUUGAAAAAAUGUUUGACGAAGCCGCGGGAACCUGUUAACCUGUUUUUGAAAGGGUCAACAUGUUUUUCGAUUCUAGAAAGUAUUUGAUACACAAAAUGUGGUAACAAAAGGAAGAGUAAUUAUUGUUAGUAUCCAGUUAGUUGUUUUCAGAAGAAACCAUUACUCGAUUUGCCCAGUAUGCAAUACAUGAAUUUUGUCACCUGGAUGCAAACUAAUAGUCUUUAUAGGAAAUGCUACAUUCUGGUUUUUAAAGAUAAUUGGUUGCCAUAUUUAUGGAUCAAAUAUGACCACUUAAAGUCUGUAUCUAAAGUAUAAUCACAACAGUUGAUAUUGUACAUGUUCAGAUGUAUGACAUUAACACUGCCACCUGAUAAUCUAAACAGACCACAUAUCUAUAAUUAUAUUUUAAUUGUGUUUUUAACAUAAUUAAAUCUUUAUUAAUAUAAAUAAUAUUUUAUUUAUAUUAAAACAUGAUCUAAUUAAUAUUGGUAGAAAUCAUAACAUGAUUUAUUUGUAUUAAAAUAUUAUUUAAGCUAUUUUGAUAUAAAUCAUAAUAUGAUUUAUUUGUAUUUAAACAUAUUCUUAGCUCUAUUGAUAGAAAUGAAGCUUGUACAUUUAUUAUUAUCACUAAUAUUAAUCAUAAUAACAAUUCUACUUGUUUAUUUUAACUGCUGUACAUUAUCUGCUCUUUUAUUGUUUGUUAUAGAAAUCAUUUAUUGUUGUUGUUAUUUUAAUAUGCCCUACACGACAGCUUAUAUGUAUGUUAUAAAUUUAAAUUAGACUUAUAUUGGGUCUAUAUAUACAUCCUAUGCCAAAUAGCAAUGUAUAUUUGAAGGAGAGAGGGCAUUGCAUAACUGAAAAUUCACAUGUAAAGAAUAUGGAGAGCAUCUUAUUUUGAAUUUGUUUCCUUAAAGAGCCAUCAUCAGGUUUUGGAAGAUUUUGCUCACUGGUUAUAUGGUUUUCUUUGGAAUGUAAAUAUAAGAAUGCACUGGUAUGUUUGCUGUUCACGAUUUAUACAAAGCCAUGAAUGUAUACAGAGUUACGGUACACAAAACCCAAAUGACUUUGCGACUUGUUUAUUUGGUGUUGUCUAAGGGUUUUAUUAACUAUCUUUGGUCUAACAAUAUUAAUGAGAUGCAUAACAGCAUGAUAUGAUUUAGAUUAAUUAGCUUAGUAAUAAAUUACUGCACCUUUUGAUUAAUUCUUUAAUGUCUGGCUCUCCUCGACUUUUUAAAUGACUGCUGUGUGAUCAACAAACUAGCCAUCAAAGAAUCCAGGUAAAAAGUCAGAUAUUUUGGACUACUUUUUGGCUGUGUGGAUGAUUUUUUAUCUGUUAUCAGAAGAAAUAGUUAUAUUAUUUAUUAUAAUUAGUAGAGAAUAUUCCAUUCUGGAAAAAUAUUAUUAGAACUGAAAUGGAAAGUUUAAAACUAUUAAACCUCAGCAGUUUAAAUUAUUCUAUAUAGAUCUUGUUUGUUCUGUGGGUUGAUUAAUUAAAGUCCACUAUUAAAAGAACUUUGUAUCAUUGCUAUAUAGGAUAUUGUCUGUGAUAGUUUUAUUUGAGACUCUAAUUAUAAUUUAUCAAUAAAAUGUUGAUGUUUU